ACUAAAGUAGGUAUCAUGGAAUAUCACAGAGAAAGUGGCCACUUGAGAGAAAGGGUUGUCUAAAAAAUAAAGUGUUCAAAAAGAGGCUUGACAAACAAGACAGUGGGAGAGUUUUAUGCGCAAAGAAAAAAAGUGCAGCUUUACCAGCAGGUGAAAGUUCUUAUGUCAAUAAUGAAAGACAGAUUACCGGUGGAAUAUUCAUUAGUUUUAUUUUGUAAAGAAUUUUAUGCGAACUGAACUUAGAAGUGUUUACUUAGGAAGUUCAGAAGCGUACUUUUAUUGUUGCUAAAGCUGUGUUAGCAUUAAUGUGAUAUUCCUUUUUGUUUUGGGGGUGUUUUAUGUAAAUUUCAAGCCUCGUCAUGUCGACCUCGGGAAGGGUUCUUUUUGACAGAUUAGGGCAUUUCGUUAUUUCUAGUAUUUAUUCAGCUCUUACGACCGUGGUCAUUUCCGUUUUAACCUUAUAUGUGGCUCUGAAAUUCUAUUACAAAACAGUUUACAAACCCAAGCCAGCACCUAUUUAUAGACCUAUACCAGGGCCAAAAGUGAAUGGAUUUAUAACGAAUGUGGUGCCACUUCUUAGCAUUUUUAGGAACAAAGCUGCAAGUAACAGUGUUCUCCUCUUCCAAUUGGCAUGCGCCUAUUCUCAUGUGUUCAGGAAGGAAGGGAUGUGGUUGUUCUACGGAGGAUUCAAGAAGAUACUUAUUCUCCACAAAGCCGAAACGGUAGAGCCGGUAUUAAACAGCAGUGAAGUGCUCUCAAAAGGGUUUGAGUAUGAAUUCCUGACACCAAUGUUGAAAGAAGGCUUACUAACAAGUAAAAGAGAUAAAUGGCGUAACAGAAGAAAACUGCUGACUCCAGCUUUCCAUUUUCGAAUCCUAGAUGAAUUUAUUCCUAUAUUCAAUGAACAAGCUAAAAUAUUUGCUUCAACAAUUGCUUCUCGCAUGCAAACGGCAGAAUGGAUAGACAUCGCGCCCUUCACCUCACUUUGCACCCUGGAUAUUAUAUGUGAGACCGCCAUGGGUAAAAAAAUAAAUGCUCAGAUUAACAGCGAAUCACCUUACGUACAGGCUCUUCACAAAUUUUGCCAUGCUGCAGUUGAAAGACUGUUGCGGCCAUGGGUAUGGGCUGAUGCAAUUUAUUACAGAACCAAAGAUGGCAAGGAAUUUAAGAGAUGUUUGGAUAUUAUGAACAAUUUUACAAGACAGGUAGUAGCUGAACGAAAAGUUCAAAAACUCCAGGAACGCACUGAUUCAUCAGCGAACAAUAAUGAUGCAGAUGAUGAGGAAAUCAUCGGCAGAAAAAACCGAAGAAGGCAGGCACUUUUGGAUCUUUUGCUGGACGUACAUUUGAAUGACGAGACUUUUACUCUCGAGGAUGUGGCAGAAGAAGUGGAUAACUUCAUGUUUGCGGGUCACGACACCACAUCCUCUGGGCUGUCAUUCGCACUGUACAUGCUGGGACUUCACCCUGAAAUACAGCGAAAAGUGCAACAAGAGAUAGACGAUAUCUUGGGAGAUGAUGAGGACAGACAGAUUACUUUAGACGAUAUAAAACAAUUCAAGUACCUGGACUGCGUUCUCAAAGAAACUCGCCGUCUUUGGCCCCCUACACCCUUCAUAGCAAGAGACUUGGAAGAAGACCUUAUAAUCGACGGAUGCCUGGUACCCAAAGGAACUAGUUGCGGCAUAUUGAUAUAUAUGCUGCACAGGGAUCCUGAUGUUUUCCCAAAUCCGGAAGUUUUUGAUCCAGAUCGAUUUCUUCUGGAAAAUUCUACCGGAAGACAUCCAUUUGCCUACGUACCUUUUUCAGCGGGGCCAAGAAACUGCAUUGGCCAAAGAUUCGCUACAUUCGAAGCUGUCACUGUCAUGGCGACUAUUCUCAGGAAAUUCCACGUGAAAUCAUUGGAUCCUUUGGAUCGAAUCCACCUCAUCGAUGAACUAGUUCUCAGGUCAGAAUAUGGUUUGAGAAUGUCGUUUGUACCAAGAAAGUUUCGUGAAGACCAAUAGAGGUGCAUUGUUUAAAAUUUAAGGUUGUACUGAAAAAUAACUUUAUGUAUUGUAAUGUCGUGUUUGUGUUGUACUUCUUUAUGUGAAGUGAUGUAACUGGAAUAUUUGCUACUUGAUGUAACUUUAUAAUUCUUGUAACUCCUUUAAAGUUUUUUUUCUUUUUAUAUAAUA